AUGACCUGGAUGACCAAUGGGCAACAGUUGACUGCUACAUGGAAGGACUUCAUGGAUUUGCUUCAGGUUCCUGAUGCGGGGCUCGACACGCCCGUUGGUGUUCACCCUCAUGCCAACCCUGAGUCAGCCAACAAGAACAAGCUUCAACCCUUCUUUGUUGAGAAGACGCUUCCCAGCAUCGCUGCCAUGAUUGUUGUGUCUGUCCUUAUGGUUAUGGUCCAUCAACUCCUGAAAUUCAAAAGGUUCUAUGAGAAAAAUGGUGGUCCAGUUCUAAAAGGUGUAAAGAAUAUAAGGAUCUAUACAAGGAAACAAAUGAAACAAAUGACAAAUAACUACAAGCGUGUAAUUGGAGAGGGACACUUUGGUAAGGUUUAUCUGGGGACUCUCAAGGACAAACAACAGGUGGCUAUAAAGAAAUCCAUCAAGGUUAACAAGCACAUGAAAAAGGAGUUCACCGAUGAGGUUAUAAUCCAAUCUGCGAUGAGGCACAAGAACAUUGUCAUGCUCAUAGGCUGCUGCUUGGAGCUGGAUGUUCCCAUGUUGGUGUAUGAGUUUGCAGCGAGAGGGAGUCUGUAUGAUGUUCUCUUCAAGUGCAGAGAUAGGAUUCUGGUAGGCACACGAUUGCGGAUUGCCAUUGGGUCAGCCAAAGGCUUAACAUACAUGCAUUCAGCAGGGGAGGGUACAAUCCGUCAUGGUGACGUGAAAUCUGCCAACAUCGUUCUCGAUAAAAAGUUCACCCCAAAGGUUUCAGACUUUGGGACAUCAAAGCUACUCGCGAGAGGAAAAGCUGAGAUGACAGAACAUGUCAUUGGGGACAUGAGCUACAUAAAUCCGAUAUAUAUGGAGCAAGGGAUUGUUACACAGAAGAGCGAUGUCUAUGGUUUCGGAGUUGUCCUCAUAGAACUUAUCACAAGGAGGCCUGCAACAUAUGAUGCUGAGAGGAGCUAUGUUGCAAACUUUGUUGAAGCUUGUCUAGCAAAAAGAGCAAGAAACUUUAUUGAUAACAAUAUUACAAGCGAGGCGGAUAUCGAUCUCUUGGAAAUGGUCAGCAGGGUCACCGUGGAUUGUCUGAAGCCCAAUCCAGGAGAACGACAAGACAUGAAACAAGUAGAGAACCGCCUCCUCGAGAUUGUUGCACAUUCUGUGGACCAUAGUCAGGAGAGGAACUACGAGGGAGAUCUUAGUCCGGCACCGGAUGAUGUUGCUUUGCUUAAAGCCUUCGGAGAAUGA